UUUCAAUUGUCGGUGAAACCGGCGGGGAGGAUCGGAGGAUAAAUUGGAGGAGGCGCUUAUAAAACAAACGCAAUACAACUUUAAAUUUAUUAAAUCCCACGCGAAUACUGCUCUCCCUCGUGGAUAUAAAGAUAUCAAAGAUGCCCGCAGCGACGAUUGGCAACAGUACUGUUCAGUCCUCUAGUCCAGAAGUUGGUUCUGGACCUGGAUCUGUUUUCUCCAUGAGUGGGCAGUCAUCUGGGGCACAUACCGAGGCCAUGAAGCAAGUGCUUUGCGUCAUCGACAAAAAAGUCCGUAACAUGGAGAAGAAAAAGAGCAAGCUUGAUGACUACCAGGCAAAGAAGAACAGGGGGGAGCGUCUCAACCAGGACCAAUUGGAUGCCUUGUCCAAGUUCCAGGAGGUGGCGAAUAACGUAGACUUUGCCCGGGAGUUACAGAAAAGCCUUUUGGCUCUGGGUCAAGAUAUGCAGAAGGCGAUUAAAAAAACUGCAAGACGAGAGCAACUGCUGCGGGAAGAAGCGGAGCAGAAACGACUGAAAUCUGUACUAGAGCUGCAGUUCCUUCUGGAGAGUCUGGGGGAUGAGACUGUGCGGCAGGACCUGAAGCAGGGCACCGACGGCCUGGCCCUGCUCACGGAUGAGGAUCUAACGGACCUUGACAACCUCUACAAGCUGGUGCAGGUGGAGCGUGACCCGAACAGUAGGCUCACUGACCAGUUUGAGGAGGCGUCAGUGCACCUCUGGGAGCUACUCGAGGGGCGGGACAAGGAAGUAGCAGGAACCACAUACAAAGCACUGAAAGAAACCUUGGACAGGGUUAUGUUGAGUGGAUACUUUGACAGAGCCCAUGCCCACCACAAUGGGGUAUGUGAGGAGCUGCAGCACGAGGAGCCGCCGGCGGCGGUGGUGGUGGCUAAGGUCGAGGCGGAGGUGCCGCCUGCAGAGCCAGAAGGGGAGUUCACUGAGGAGGUCACAGAAUCGAAUGAAGUAGAAGGCCGGGAGUUUGUAAACCGGCAGUUCAUUCCAGAAAGUGCUUACAGCAGCAGAGACAAAGAACAUGGAGAAGAAUGGAAUGCAGAAUCAGAGGGUACUGUCCCCCCGGUUCAGAGUGACUCCUUGCUGCAGGUCAGUACUGUCCAACAGCAGCAGCUGCCUGUGCAGGGAGGUCUCCCCACCGCUGUUUCCGAAGCCCACACACCAAACCCCGUCACGUCGGCACCCCCUGCAGACCCUGUGGUUCGAAAGCAGGCAGUACAGGACCUCAUGGCACAGAUGCAGGGCCCCUACAACUUCAUGCAGGACUCCAUGCUGGAGUUUGAUGGCCAGGCCCUAGACCCUGCCAUUGUGUCUGCCCAGCCCAUGAAGUCCACGCAGAACAUGGACCUCCCACACUUGGUGUGCCCUCCAGUUCAUGCAGAAUCCCGACUGAUCCAACCCAGCACAAGUCCCGUACUGCAAGAACCCCCCCAGGUCCCUCUGGUCUCUUCCACGUCUGAAGCUUAUUCCUCAGUACAACCUCUGUAUCAGUCCCCCCACACGACGGACCCCCCACCACAGACUGAUGCCAGCAGCCCCAUUCAGCAGGUGUUCCAGCCUGUAUCAAAGCCUCUCCAUAGCAGCGGGAUCAAUGUGAACGCAGCCCCAUUCCAGUCCAUGCAGACGGUGUUCAACUUGAAUGCCCCAGUGCCGCCGGGUACCGAGGCCGAUACCCUGAAGCAGCCCGGACAGUACCCGAGCGCCUACAGCCCCGGGUUCGGUAGCCAAGCGCCGCACCCAGCCGAGCAGGCUGAGCUGCAGCCGGAGCAGCUGCAGUCUGUCAUUGGUGCCUUCCACACACAAGAGCAAACCAUUCCCGCCCCAGGAGGCCACCAGUCCAUGUCCCAGCAGGCCCCACAGCAGAGUGCGGCUUUCAGCCGGCCGGGACAGUCCUUCUACAACAGCAGGCCCAUGUCGCGCGGUGGGCCCAGGAACUCCCGAGGCAUGCUGAACGGAUUCAGGGCGCCCUCCAGUGGCUUCAGAGGUGGCUAUGACGGUUUUCGCCCUCCUUUCGGCAACCCUCCCAGCAGUGCUUAUGGACAAGCCCAAUUCAACCCCCCCCGCGACUACAGCAACAACAGCUACCAGCGGGACGGGUACCAGCCGAAUUACAAGCGUGGAGCUGGCCAGGGCUCUCGAGGUACUUCUCGAGGGAAUGCUCAAGUCAUGAGGUCCUGAAGUUUUGGACUGUCCUCAAAGGCCACAGUGAACAUUCAAAGUGCAUCUGCCCAAGCCCACCUCCUUUCUUUGCCCCCCCAGUGGUAUUCCCAGCCAUUCUCGAUCUGAGUGAGCCCGCUUUUAUGUAUUUAGAAAAACGGUAGAUGUCAAAAUACAUGUAAAGCUGCAAUCCUUGGCAAACCUGUUUGGACACAAUCCUGUAAACUUGAAAGAUUCAUUAAUUUAUUUUUUGUAAAAAAAAUAAAACCUAAAAAUUCCCCCUCA